AUGGCAUCGAACGAAAGCGGACAGAAGACAGCUCUUGUGGUUGGUGCGUGAAAUCCCGACGUCCCGCCUCUUGCCCUGUCUUUAUAACUAGAAAACUUGCAAUGAAACGCAGCUGAUAUCCCGAUAGGAGCCGGAGUGGGCGGUAUUGCAAUUGCUGCGCGUCUCUCCAAAGCUGGAUUCCGGGUCACAGUGCUGGAAAAGAACAAUUUCACCGGAGGUCGGUGUUCACUCAUCCACCAUGAGGGGCACCGAUUUGAUCAAGGGCCAUCUCUACUCCUCCUCCCGAAGCUUUUCGAAGAAACCUUCUACGAUCUCGGUACCUCUUUGUCUGCCGAGGGGGUUCAGCUGUUGAAAUGCGAGCCCAAUUACAAUGUUUGGUUCGCAGACGGAGAACGGAUUCAAUUGAGCAGUGAUACUGCCGUCAUGAAAAGGGAGAUUGAGAAGGUUGAGGAUAAAGAUGGAUUUGAGAGAUACUUGAGUUGGCUAGCAGAAGCACAUCGUCAUUACGAAAUCAGCGUGCGAGAGGUCCUCCAUAAAAACUUCCCGUCUAUAUUCAAUCUCUUACGUCCAUCAUUUUUGAUGAAUGUGUUCCAGUUGCACCCGUUCGAAAGUAUCUAUUCACGGGCUUCCAAAUAUUUCUUUACAGAUAGACUCAGGAGGGUAAGCUCAAGAAACAGUGGAUUUUUCAAUGCCAUUUUCCUUUUAAAUCCCAAAGGCAUUUGACUAACCAUCAUUUCCAUAGUUGUUCUCCUUCAGUACUAUGUACAUGGGAAUGUCGCCUUUCGAUGCACCGGGAACAUACUCACUCUUACAAUAUACCGAGCUUGCAGAGGGAAUUUGGUAUCCCAUCGGCGGCUUUCAUGCUAUCAUAGCUGCUCUCGAGAAAGUCUGUCAACGCUAUAAUGUUCAAUUACGCUUAUCAACACCAGUAUCUUCUCUCAUUACUUCACCUGAUGGCAAAACCGUAGAGGGAGUAGUUACAAGUUCUGGAGAGAAGCUGACCGCUGACAUAACUAUAAUCAACGCGGACCUAGUAUGGUCUUAUAACAAUCUUUUCCCAGCCAAAACCACACUCGCAGCCACGCAAUCAAAAGCUUCCUCACUCACAAAAAGAGCUGGGUCAUGCAGCUCCAUUUCUUUUUACUGGUCAUUAUCACAGAAGAUACCCGAAUUACAAACGCACAAUAUAUUCCUCGCCGACGAGUAUCGAGAAUCAUUCGAUGCAAUCUUUGACCGGCAAAACAUUCCUGACGAGCCAAGCUUUUAUGUCAACGUACCAUCUCGUAUUGACCCGACUGCUGCACCAGAAGGAAAAGACUCCAUUGUGGUUCUGGUUCCUGUUGGCCACUUACUCAACUCAAGUUCGAGAUACACAAAUGGGAACGGACUUCCUGAAGAACUUGACUGGGCAUCUCUUGUUGAACAGGUGCGUGCUUCAGUGAUUAAGACUAUUGAAGCGCGUACAUCAUGUGACUCACUCACACCUCUGAUCACCAACGAGAUUGUAAAUUCGCCGCUGAAUUGGGAGAGCAAAUUCAACCUUGAUAAGGGCUCAAUUCUAGGUCUUUCACAUUCUUUUUUCAAUGUCUUAGCAUUUCGUCCAAAAACCAAGGCAAAGGAGAGGAAUCUCUACUUCGUGGGCGCAAGCACACAUCCAGGCACAGGCAUGUAAUUCUACAUCAGGCUACAGAUACGAAUGCUAACAUAUCGAAGGGGUACCGAUCGUACUUGCCGGGGCCAAGAUAACUUCAGAGCAAAUACUGAACGAUCUAGGACUGAGCAUACCCUGGGCCAGGGGAAAUGGCGUGAUAAAUCAGAAGAAUGAGAAGAAGGCUCUUGAUAUGGUUCAAACCGAUUACACUUUGUUGAGUGACUUGGCUAUUUGGGCCCUCGCUUUCAUCGUUCUGGCUAUCACUGUCACCUAUGUCAACACGGGGCUAAUUGUGCGAUGGAACUGGGACGAGAAAACAGGCUGGAGGGUUGGAAAGUUCGAAUAG